ACAGUCAUUCAAAUUCAGCGGAUGAGUAUUGCGCACGCCUAAGAGAAGAGAGGGCGAGUGUUUAGUUCCGAACAUUCAUAGUAGCCUAAAUUGUGCCACGUUCUUUGCUAGUUUUAGUCCAUUAACAAUAUUAUUGGAAUGUAUCUUUAAACUUGAGCAGGAAAUGUUGAACGAAGUUUCGGGUCAGAAGGAUUUUGAUGUUUCAAACUGUAUUAUUGGAAUUUAUAAUAUUAUAUCGCCAGUGAUGCCGGCUGCUGAGAGAAAUUGAGGGUUUUGGUUGAUCUUAUUAAUGCUAUUCCAAUAGCUAGAAUAAUUGCGAAAACAAAUUUGUUGAAGCAGAGGAACACCUGUUCAUUUGCAUCCAGUCAGUAAUGAAGACCGGUAAUGUUACUCUUCUUUGAAGCGCCAGGACAUCGUUUGCAUGAAACUGCAGCAAGCACAGCCAGCCAGAAGUCUAGAUCAAGACGUUGAAUCCAACUGUACCCGAUUCAAAGAGAAACUGGGAAACAAGCCUGGGAAAAGGACUGAGGACCACGACACCUGUGCCCCGUCGACCCCCAAGCCUAACCCCAACCCCCCCAAAACGUAUAUCCACCAUGUCUCUCAACACCUUCCACCUGAUGGAGACCCUCAAGAACUCCCCGUCCGUUUUACGCCGCCGCUUCCGCCGUGACCGCACCGAGUCCCUCUCCCACGGCGACCCGCUCUUCAAGGUCCACUACCUGGGCACUGAGAAAAUCUUCUCCCUGGAUCUACAGCAGGCCCAGGACGCCAUAGCCCGGCUGCUCGAUGGAGCCGCCAAGGGAAAGAAGCUGAGCAAAGACCACGCGUUGGUUGUUCGUCCACGCUAUGUCGAAGUCAAAGAGCUCAGUACAGGACGCCAGCUCACUAAGACGUACCUCCAGGACAUCGCCUACUGCGCGGCCGACGCCACCAGACCCAACGUGUUUCUGUACAUCUGUAAGCAUCACGGGCAACAGCUGCAGUGCCGGGUGUUUUGGUGUAGCCGGGCGGAGCGGGCACGGGACAUGACGGCCUGCCUGGCACACUCCUUCCAGAGGGCACUGAGCGACUGGCAGGGGGACAGUGACGUUGGGUUAGCGGGAAGUACCGGCACUCUGACCCCAGAAAAGGUCAGGGUGAAGGAGGGAGAGGUUAUGUCCAGCAACACAACUACCCCCAAAAGCUCUAUACUACCAGACAGCUGUGAAAGAGUCCGUUGGAAGAAGAGGAGCUCCCUAUCUCGCAGUCCACUGAGAGCCAUGACCAGGAAGGGAUCCACCUCCGACAUCUGGCACUGAGACCCCGAUUCCCAGCAUGGCACACUAAACUGACCACACCCCCAGGGGCUAGCUACAGCACGGACGGAGGGGGAGGGAGGGAUUGAAAGAACCCACCAAUAUUGGACACAACAGGAUUGGGGAAAAAAGGAGUGUGAGGGAGGGGGAUCACUGCUGGACUUUCUUUCAUAUGAGACAUUGCCUUACACGGUGAGUCUACAGUACUGUUCAUGACUGGAAUGAACGGUAGCCUACCAACUGCGGAAGUUAAUGACUAGCUACCUUGACCUUUGCCACUGGAUUACUAGGGAACAAGGUGUUUGGUUGAUAGCGUUGUACUGUACGCUGUUGGCAGCAACCAGUAUUCACCUCAGUGGCCUUGUGACUCGCUUUCACUGUUGGAAAGCUUCAAGGCUGAACUGCUAAUUUCCAAUGCUACUCCAAGUUACUUGUUUUCCACCGAGUGGCCUUGAUACUCUGAACUGUCAGUUAUGCUUAGAAGAAAGGAGCACAAGUUAUUGUGUGCCUUUUUAGCUGGACAAGGAUAUGCCUAAAGAUUUCACCAAACCGCAAUCUCCUCUCCAUACAAUGCCGAACACAGCCUGGACUGGUUGAAACUGGUCAUAGACAGUCAUAGCAAUGACUGGUUUUUAACGUUUGUAUUUAUUUAUUUUAAUGAGACGUUUGUAACACAGUUCUUCCGCAUCUUCUAUUCUUGAACCUGAAACGUGAGCGCAGUGUUAGUCUUGGGAGAGGGGUUACAAACAGAGAAGUGUGAGGAUUCAUGGGGCAAAAAGGGUUAAUUUGAGCAGACCAUAGAAGAACAUGGGUUAUUGUUGUCAUAGCUACACAGUAAUCUGCGUUCAUAGGCAAGGUUUUAAUACAUUUUAGUAUCAAUUCAUUCGGUUCAGACUUCACCACAUACGUCAUUUAGUCCAGUGGUUCCCUACCUUUUUCGGUCACGGUACCACCAACUGAAUCGGAGUACCCCUGAAGUACCCCCUCAUGUGCAUUUUACCAGUAAGCCAGUAAGAGUUUUUUCUUUCUACAUGUACUGUAUGUAUGUCACAGGAGGUUGGUGGCACCUUAAUUGGGGAGGACAGACUCGUGGUAAUGGCUGGA